AUGGAUUUCGUCAAGAAGGCUAUGGGCAAGUCCGGCGAGAACCAGAACGAGUCCUCGGGCAUCCAGGGCAACCAGAGCACUCACGGCACCGCCCCUGCUGCUCCCCAGCAGGGCGGCCAGCAGGACGACUACGUCGACAAGGCCUUCUCCAUGGGCGCCAAGCAGAGCGGCCACAACAUCGAUCGCAACACCCAGGAGAAGAUCACGGAUACGGGCCGUGGCAUGUAUGAGAAGGCCUCAGGGAACCAGGUCGACCCCAAGUAUUCCAACUAA